UAUAUAACAAAUAAUUUGAGGAUGGCGAAGGUCAUGGACCAGCCAAGCAUAUACUUUGCGGAGUAUUCCAUAUUGACCGAGCGACUUGUUAACGAUAAAGAUGCAGUGGACAUGAUCAGUGAGUUUUGGGAUAAGCUUGCCCACAUCGAGUACAACUAUGCAAGAAGUAUUGCUCAACUGUGUAACAGUAGACAGGGUAAACUAUUCAAAAUGUUCAACGAUAAACCAUCUGAGUGUUUCAGGCCAUUGCAAAGUCUGUGGGGUGCAGUGCUAGAAGAUAUGUUAACGUACUCUGAAUCUCAUCUAAAUGUGGCAUACACAUUGCAACGAGAAGUGAAGCCUGCUCUCAGCUCAUUCAGCCAAGAAGACUUGGCUAAACAGAUUGAGGUCGCAGUUCACGGUAAGAAGGUUAUGACUGGUCUUAAAGACGACUUGGGCAAACUUGACGGGGAACGAAAGAAAGUGUAUAAAACGAUGUUGUCCGAAAAUGCAGAAGAGAUGAAAGAGAUAAGCGACGAUGUAAACGACAAUGUAAGUAAGACGAAGCAGUUACAAAAACUCUGGAUCAGAAGUAAAGAUAGUCACGCUCAUGCCUUCAGUGUUACCAUGCCCUCAAUCCUAGAGGAGCUCAACAACACGUCAGUACGGCGAGUGGAAGCUGUCUGCGACUCAGUGGGUCACUUCACCUCUCUCAUCACCUCCACUUCCACCUCCUUCUCUACCACUUCAUCCACCCUCCUCGCCGCUCAGUCUGCUGCAGAAUCAGUGCGGUACAGUAUGUCAUGCAGUUCCCCCGAGCCCCCUGGAGACCUCGGACUCAACAUGUCCCGGUCGGAAAUGAUGCAGUACUGUCAAACGCCAGCCAAGAAGUUUUUCAACAACAUCCAGGAAAGAGUGUUUCCUGUGGGUAACAUGUUGGGUAACAUGAACCCGAUGAGAGAAAGAGUAGGCUCUGAUAAUGAUAAUCUCAACAGUCCACUGAGGGAUAUUUCACAGAAGGUUGCCACUAUGUGGUCUAAUAUUAGGACUAGAACUCUAUCUGGAAACCUCAUCGAGACACCUCAAGAGGAUCUUGACACAGCUGACGAUGCCCUGCUUGAUCCUGAAGACGAAGAUAUCCUGGACCCGGGAAUUGUGAAAGGAACUGCAGCAUUAGAAGAUCAAGACAGCAUGGCCGAGAUACAGGACCCGCUGGAGAAUAUCCUACCCCAGUCAUAGAAUCCAAACCACCACAAGUGGACCUGACACCUUCUCUAGUAAACGUUACACAGACAGAAGUAGACGUAACGCUAGCAGAAGUGUACGUUAUAUCGUCCCCCGAGGAAAUUAACUCGCCUGAAGUGGACCUUAUAUCGUCUCCGGAAGAAAGUACAUCAGAAAAAGAGGAAUUGGUGGAUAUCAGCCUCGAACAUGUGCCGGCAGAGAGAGGUGAAGUGCUCAACGAACGAGAUAUUCAGAUAAUAUCUAUAUCUAAUGACCCAGAUGCAGCUGACGAGUACGUGGUGGUAAACGAGUGAAAUCUCCAAAAUAUAUGCGGAUUACGAAGUAGAAUAAUUGCGGAGUAACAAGUUGAAAGCUUGCGGAGUAAGAACUGGAUUUCCACUUUCCAGUCAUCAAGUAGCGAACUUUAAGAGCCCAUGUGACGCUGCUGGUGCAGUUAAUUUUCUUGACGUUUGAUAUAACAAAGACAUUUUCUGAGCAAAACUAAUAAAGAUUUUAAUAUUAUUGUUUGUUUAUGAUCUCAGAAAGGUAAGAAUAAAGAGUAUUUAUCUUGUUAUUAACAACUAUACUGUAGUGUGACAGUAACUACUCUACUGUAGUGUGACAGUAACAACUCUACUGUAGUGUGACAGUAACAACUCUACUGUAGUGUGACAGUGAGUUUUUCUCUCUGACAUAUAAAUUAUAAAGCCUAACGGCUACCGGAACUCAAGAGAUUUUUUAAAGAGAAAAUUAUUGUGGCGCCGUCUGGGGACUCAAUAAUUGGAUCCACGGCAUUCCUAAUAAGACGUAAGAAUUUUAGAGCACCGGUUAAAUAACAAAUCCUCCCCAACAUAAUGUGAUGACAGACUUUAAGAAGGAACCCCCCGUUCCAUUUUGUUGCAAUUCUUUCUGUAUAAUUAUGACAUUUUAACCCGUACAAAUUAAGUGAUGAUCGCACAAAAUCUUUCCGUUUUGCAGUAUUUGACCACCAAUGUGUGUGUAAAUUAAGAGUUAAAUUAUACAAAUUUGAUAGCUGCGUGAGGACGUUUUUGUAGCUUAGUACAGUAUUAUAUCUGGUUUAGAUGGAUGGAAAUAUAAAAUUGCAUGUAUAUAUAGCGUUGAUAAUGAUUUAGACAUCUGUGAUGUAUUUGCUGGAGCUUUAUUAAUAUUUUAGUGAUGUAAUAAGGAUUAAAUUUGUGAAAUUAUGCUGUAAGCGAUAAUUUUUUAGCGUUUGUUAUA